AUGGCAUCAUUUAUGCUUAGAUAUAUAGCUCAACGUAGUUUUAGUCGAACUGCAUUUCAAUAUGCAUCUUCGACUCCUUUUGUUCAACGACAAAUUAUUCAAGAAGAUGAUAUAUCACAAACAAAAAAAGAAACUAAUACUUCAAUCGUAGCAGAAGAUCCUCUUCAACAUGAUGAUUAUUUUAAUGUACGUUCAAUGGUUACACUCGACGAUCUUUUCAAAAAUCGUGCUCAUUAUGGUCAUGUAACUGGAAUGAGAAAUCCAUGGAUGUCUCAAUACAUUUAUGGUCAUCGUUUGGAUGUUGAUAUUAUUGAUUUAGAUAAAACAUUACCCAUGCUUCAUAGAGCAUUAAAUUUUCUUGCUCAUAUUUCUUAUCGUCAAGGUGUUAUUCUAUUUCUAACACGAUAUCCAGCACAUGUUCCAUUAGUUGAACGUGCUGCACGUGAUUGUGGUGAAUAUGCACAUUGUCGACAAUGGGAUUAUCCAUUUACAAAUACUCAAGCAUUAUUUGGAUAUGAUAUUCGUUUACCUGAUGCAUGUAUAUUUACACAUACAUUGGCACCACCAAAUCAACUUCAUCCAGCUGUUAGUGAUUCAAAUAAAUUAUUAAUUCCAACUGUAGCUUUAUGCGAUACAGAUUCGAAUCCAAAUAUUAUAACAUAUCCUAUACCAAGUAAUGAUGAUACACCAAAAUUAAUUGAAUUUUAUUUGACAUUAUUUCAACAAGCUAUUAUGGCUGGAAAAGAAAAAAGACGAGAAAAAGAUUUAGCUAAUUAA